AUGAGUAAGGGGAUAGAUUCGAUGAAACCCUACUUCCCUGCGGUGUUAAAAGGGUGCGAAUCCGCGUCAGAUAAAUUUUUCAAGUGCCUGAACGAAAAUUUGGAACCCCACGGAAAUGAGCAGGCCGCCAGCGACGGCAUAAAUAAGUGCCAACCGUUAAAAAUAAAUUACGAGAAGUGUAUGGAGGAGAAGCUAAAAACGGUGAAUAAAAAUUCCCUCACGUUUUUGACAUCCUACAAGGGGAGUAAUGAAUAG